AUAUCUGCCUGUACAUGCUGGCAUUGAUUUCAACAGAUUUAUAAUUUCUUCAACUCAUUGCUAAAGAAGAUAUUGUUCUGAGAUCAACUUCUUAUUCAAUACUUGCAAUUAUCAUCACAUUCUAUACCAAACCAAUAUAAUCAUUAAAAAAUUUCAAAUUUUCAAAGGUUUUCCCUGUUCAAUCUUUUCAGUGGCAAUGGAAGGGCAACGAGCAAAUGCAGAAGAUGAACUAAUUCUCUCAUCCCUCCCCAGAGAGAGGGGUUGGGCAAUCCCUGAUCUCUUUCUAUUCCAAGAAUUUUGGUGCCCUUCAAUUCUUAUAAAAGAGGUAAACAUUUUUCAAAAGCAGUUUCAAGCAAAAGAAAGUGAUAUUUUUGUUGCUAGUUUUCCAAAAUCAGGUACUACUUGGUUGAAAGCCAUUACAUUUUCCAUUGUGAAUCGCCAACGCUUCUCUUCCAUUGAUAACCAUCCAUUGCUUACUUCAAAUCCUCAUCAACUUGUUCCUGCUGUUGAAUUUAUGUAUCGUGGUGAUGUCCAUUGCCCAACUACUGAACCAAGAGUUUUUGGAACUCACACUCCAUUCCCUUCCUUGCCCAACUCCAUCAUUGAUCAAUCUAACUGUAAGAUAAUUUAUAUUUGCAGAAACCCUUUUGACACUUUUGUUUCAGCAUGGAUUUACUUUGACAAAAUUAAGCUUGAGCCUUUGUCCACAUUGAAAAUUGAAGAAGCUUUUGAAAUGUACUGCAAUGGGAUAAUUGAGUUUGGUCCAUGGUGGAGUCAUAUGCUAGGUUAUUGGAAGGAGAGCAUGGCCAAACCAAGUAAGGUUUUGUUCUUGAAGUAUGAAGAUCUUAAAGAGGAUGUCAAUUUUGAGGUGAAAAAAAUUGCAGAUUUUUUGGGAUUUCCUUUCACUCAAGAGGAAGAAAACAAGGAAGUGAUCGAAAGCAUAAUCAAACUAUGCAGCUUUGAGAAGAUGAAGGACUCGGAAGUGAAUAAAUCUGGAAUAAUUUACCAAUUUCUGGAGAAAAAGUACUUUUUUGGGAAAGGAGAAACCAGAGAUUGGAAUUGUAGGAGAUCAAUGUUGGAAGGGACAAGUGGAGCUGGAGAUUCAUGUUGGAAGGAUUGAGCUAGAGCUACAAAUCCACGGUGGAAGGGUUAAGUUAAAGCUACAAAUAUAUUGUGGAAGGGUUGAGCUAGAAUUGGAGACACAUAGAGGAAGGAUUGAGCUGAAGUUGCAAAUAUGUGGUGGAAGGAUCGAGUUAGUAGUCGUGCACAUUGUGAAGCUUUGUUCGUGUGGUGGUGCGUUAAGCCCCUGACAAGUGUACCAGAUCGUUAUCAAGUAAAAUAAUUGGUAAAUCCAAUAUCGUUCUCCCAAA